AGUUGCAAUAAAACAAUGUUGUCAACAUUGACCAAGUAAGCAGGUGAGGUCAGGUGAGGCGAGGGAACCAUUCAACUGGCAACUGCUCCCGGUCCCUUCAACCUCAAGCCACCACAGCAAAAAGGUUCCCUAAAUCAAAUCAUAACAACUUUGUGUGCUUUCUUUCCGCACUGAACAGUGAAAAUCACGCAAACAACAUUAAACCCUCUUUCAUGCUGGCCUCAGACUCCGGCUCUGUGCUCCGACCCAAACCCCCCGUACCCACUCUUGACCCGACCCGUUCACUGCUCCGCCCUUUCUGCUUCGAUCCAGGAUCCAGACCCGCCCGGCCCAGUCUCUCCCUCAAAAUGGAACUGCUCCGCCGAAUGAGCCGCGGCUGCUUCAAGACCGAGGUCGAUUCCGCCGGCCAGGACUUCUUCGACGCCGCCGCCGCCGCGGCGCCCAACCCGGCUCCUCACCACCUUGUUAUUAUGGUUAACGGAAUCAUUGGGAGUGCUGCUGAUUGGAGAUAUGCUGCAGAGCAGUUUGUGAAGAAGCUUCCAGAUAAAGUGAUUGUACACCGCAGUGAAUGCAAUUCUUCAAAAUUGACGUUUGAUGGUGUUGAUACAAUGGGCGAGAGGCUAGCUGAAGAGGUAUUAUCUGUUGUUAAACGUUGGCCAGAGGUGCAGAAGAUAUCCUUUGUGGCGCAUUCUCUAGGAGGCUUGGUGGCAAGAUAUGCUAUUGGGAGACUUUAUGAUUAUUCUUCAACAUUGGCACUUGUUGGUACCAGUAGAGACUAUUUCAAUGAAGAGAAAACAGAAUUUUCAAAGCAAUUCCUUGAACAGAGUUAUGAAGCCAAGAUUGCUGGUUUAGAGCCCAUGAACUUUAUAACAUUUGCAACACCACAUCUCGGUUCAAGAGGAAAUAAACAGCUUCCAUUUCUUUGCGGUCUUCCUUUCCUUGAGAGAAGAGCAUCUGAAACUGCACAUUUAGUUGCAGGGAGAUCUGGGAAGCAUCUCUUCCUCAUGGACAAUGAUGAUGGAAAGCGUCCUCUGCUCCUGCGAAUGGUUAAUGACUCUGACGAUUUAAAGUUUAUGUCAGCUUUACGUGCAUUUAAGCGUCGAGUGGCAUAUGCAAAUGCAAAUUAUGAUCAUAUGGUAGGAUGGCGUACCUCAUCAAUUCGUCGUCAACAUGAACUUCCAAAGUCCAAUCUUCUUGUAAUUGAUGAGAGAUACCCACACAUUGUUUAUGUUGAAGGAGAGACUACGGAUGAAAUUCGCAAUAAAACAUCUAAUAUUGGAGGCCAAAUAAUUGACUUAGAAGAGGAGAUGAUAAGGGGGCUCACUCAGGUAUCUUGGGAGCGUGUGGAUGUUAGCUUUCAGAAAAGUAAACAACGAUACGUUGCUCACAGUACAAUUCAGGUGAAAACAUAUUGGUUGAAUUCUGAUGGUGCUGAUGUGGUUUACCAUAUGAUAGAUAACUUCCUUCUUUAGCCUUUUUGUUGAGUUUGAUUUUAUCUAGUCAAUGUUGUGAGCAACAAUAGUUGUAAUCUAAUCAUAUAUCCCCUAUAUUAUGUCUUACAACGUAAUGGAUGGAGAUUUGUUGUACAUUGUAUUUUGGCAUGGGAAGUCGAUAGCUCCGUUUGACUGCACCAUUAUGUACAUGAGGACUCUUAUUUAGUAAUACUUGUUCAUAUAUUGAUGUUAUUGAGAAUGUACGACCGAAGGAUGCUAUAUUUUAUUCUGUCUACAGUCUAUAUACUUUUUUGUUUGCUGUUUAAUAAAAGCUGUUAAAUUGCUGUCU